AUGUGGACUGUUGCACAGACAAAAGGCAAAAGGACUCAAGCAAAUUACGAAGCUUUACGUAUGGUUUCAAUGGAAGAUGAGUAUUUUAGUGAUCCGAUGAAAGCUCAUCUGUUGGCAUUCAAAGCUAACAGGGCAAAGAUCAGAUAUGCUAAUACAUACAGACUGGGGUCACAGAAGAAGUUUCGUGAUUAUUUAGUCAGAGACAAAGCUGAAGCGAUACUGAUGGAUAAACUUCAACAAGCCAAAUACAAUGGAGUUGCUAGUCCGUCCUUGUGGGCUUCAGUCUCGGAAGAAAUAUUAAAGGCUGUGGAGUAAUUGGACUUUGACUGUUAUAAGUACGUGGUGUCAGUACUACUUGUGGAAAAGACAGGUCAGGCGAUGAAUGUUGCCAGCAGAUGGGUCUGGGACGCUCCGCGAGACACCUGGGUCUCAGCUAAACGAGAAACCAAAACCUUCAUCGCGCCGGCUUUGGUCACGGCUUCUUGUUACGAGUGA